AUUGUCUGUGCUUAUUUUAUUUUUCUGAUUCAUCGAGUGAAAUAUAUUGCUGGAUUUAAAUACGUAAAAUUACAAACAAAUAUGUUAAUUUUAGUGUUUUAAGUGAUCAAUGGAAAUGUAGUGCCUUAUUGUGAAUGUUGUGUGGUUUAAUUUACGUAUAAUUUCACUGCUUCAUCUUUGAUGAGGAUGAUCUCAUUGACGUUCUGACAUUACAGUCUUUUUAGCGGAUUCUUGAUCGUUUUAUUAUUUUGCUAUUGGGUCCAAUGACCUUGUAACUUAAAAAUAAUUUCAUCGAAAUUUAAUAGUGACAAUGAGGAAACAGUUUUAUAAGGUUAAGCAACUCGCCGACCAAACGUUUUCAAGGUCAGGUAAAGCAGAAGGAUUGACAGAUGAGUUACAGACAGCAGACAGAAAGGUAGAACACUUGAGAAAUGCCUUACAGUUGGUUAGCAAACGGUUGUCAACGGGAGCUGGCAGUACACAGGGCCAGGACCCCGCAGCCAGAGAGAAAAGACUGAAGAAACUGCCAGAAUACCUCCUUGGAUUGUCUAUGUGUGAAGCCAGUAAUUUUGAUGACGAUGAUAGCAUUUUAAAAUACAUUUUAUAUGAAUGUGGUAAAACUGAAAAAUUUUUGGCCAAUGAGAUAGCCGAGCAUGAACUGAAGGUGGAACAAUUAGUUUGUGCACCAUUAACAACUAUUAGUGACCAGGAUCUUCCGGCUAUAAUGAAAGCUAAGAAACAACUUAAUAGACUUAUGAGUGAAAAGGAAUCGGCCACUAGCAGAUAUCAUCACCUAGAACGUCAAAAAGAAGAGAAUCCAACAAAAUUAAAUGCUGCAAGAGAAGAAUUGGAGGAUGUUGGGAUCAGAGUGGAGGCUGCAAGGGAUGCUCUGGCCGCGGACAUGUUUGCACUUGUCGCAAAAGAAGCCCAACUUGCCCACACUCUUCUGCAAUAUGUUAAGCUACAGAGAGCAUACCAUGAGUCCGCAUUACAUUCCUUACAAGACACAGUUCCGGAGCUAGAAAGAUUUAUUAAUGACAGCUCCGUAAAGCCGGUGUUUGGAUAUCCCCUAGAAGAACACUUGAGAGUGACAAAUCGUUGUAUAGCGUUCCCAAUUGAGUUAUGUGUGUGCACGUUACACGAACUCGCGUUGAAUGAGGAGGGGCUCUUUCGAAUUGCCGGCGGUGAGUACUUCCAAAGUACGCAGAAUGAAGCUGUCACUAGACGCUGGCCUGUUCAACGUCCCGCUCCCCGGGACUACAGGGACAUGCACGUCGUCGCUUCAGUUCUCAAGAGCUACCUCCGAGAACUGCCCGAACCAUUAUUGACGUACCGACUCUAUGAGAACUUUGUGAACGCAUCCCGUCAGCCUUCAGAACAAACUCGACUUAAUGCUAUCUGGGAAGCCAUACACUUACUGCCCGAGGCUAAUUUCCAAAAUCUUAGGUAUCUUAUCAAAUUUUUGUCUACUUUGACACAGAACCAAAGUACAAACAAAAUGACGCCGUCGAACCUCGCCAUCGUGAUCGCUCCCAACCUACUUUGGGCCGCCGACGAGAGCACUUUCGACAUGAACAUCACCACCGCCGUCAACUGCAUCGUAGAACUGCUCAUCAAACACGCCGACUGGUUCUAUAAAGACGACGUCAACUUCUUCAUAUCAUUCACCAAAGAGGAUCUACUUCCAGAUCAAUGCGAGUACGGGUUUUCACCCAACUUCGUGCACGGCAUGAACCAAACUGCCGCGCUCAGUCAGGAACCAGCUAACGGCGACUACAGCAGUAUGAGCCGGUCCAUGUUCGACUACAACCAUCACAGCCUGGCCAAGGCGGCCGACGGAGGCGGACGGCACUCGAGGAGCAACAGUCACGACACUAGUUUAAUAUUGCUAGAAAACGAUAUAAAGAAGGCGCAGUCCAACAGCUCGUUGUCUGAUCAGUCUAGUCCCCCUCAUGGUAGUCCUAAGCCUAUAAUGAGGCGAAAAAAUAAACCACUCGCUCCAGUGCCGCCUAACUUUACUCCUGACAAAAAUAAGAGAGUAGAGCCUCAGCCUCCUGCACAGGAGGUUGUUAAAGAACAAGCAAGUACAAAGAUAGAUAACGACAAGCCUGCCAAGCCUCCCCGACCCGUGAUUUCCGACAGCGGCAAGGUGAUCUCAGGCGUACAAACAAUAAACCGCUCCACGUACAGACAGAACCGCGCCAUGAAGGAGGAGGCGGCGCGCUCUAGUAGUCGCGAGCACCUCGCCGACACGCGCCGGCAGAGCCUCGAACUAGACAAGGACAAGAUCGACGUACUCAAACCACCUGAGCCAGGGAAAGAAUCCACACUCGUGACUGGAAUCGUGAGCAGAAUGAAAGUAGUGGGAGAUGCGUUCAGUGGGCCUGCGUCACUGGGCGCCGAGCGACCCGCGCCCACCGUCGACAAGGUCGUAGCGGCGCGGCUGCAACCUAUUACCAAGCCGGCCGGCCAGGCCCCGCCCCGGCCCGUGGCGGCCCCGCGCACCAUAGUUCCCGCGCUGCCCGACCCCGCCGCCGCAGCCCCGCCAGCGCUCGCUAGCUCCGCUGCCGAACCGAGCGACGUCCAGCUCCGCCACAAGCCGGCCGUGCCGGAGCGGCCCGCCACGCUGCGGCCGCAGAGCUUCCGAGCGCCUCGCUCCUCACUCACCGACGCCCCGGACAUAGCGCCCACUGUACUGGAGCGCACUCACAUCUAUACCGUGGACAAGCAACACCCGACCGUCAUACAGGUGGGAGCUAGCGCGGCCACUGCGGCGGACAAGGAGGUGGAAGAAGUGCCGCGCGCCACGGUGCAGCGCACGCACAGCUCGGGCGGCCGCGACGGGGAGCUGGAGGAGCCGCGCAGUCUGUGCGUGGCCAGCCGCCAGCUGUCGCAGUCGGAGGGCGACAUCACGGACUGUCCGUCCCCGCGGCCGCAGCCCUCGCGCCCCCCGCGCCCGCUCGUGCCGGCGCCGCCCCCGCCUGUGUCCGCGCCGGCCGCGCAGACCACACCUAUUCCAGUGACACAGCCAGCCCAGCCGGCUCAGCCAUCCCAGCCUGUCCAAGCAGCUCAGCCAGCGCCUCAAGCCCCUGCGGCUGUGGUUCCGCAGCCACUGAGAGAGAGUACAGAUCUCUAG